AUUGCCGAUACUAGAAGUGAACUAGCUCGUACCAUUUAAACCAUGGCUUUUUCUAAGCAUUGUUUUCUUCUGUCUAUAAUCAUAGCAUUGUCAUUCUCAAGCAUCGAUGUGAGCCUCGCGGCUCGUUACCUUCUGGACACACCAACCGCACCACCCACAGCAUUAACACUGCCUACAAUCCCAUCUCUGCCAAAGCCUACAUUGCCUCCUCUGCCAUCAGUUCCCACACUACCUAAAGCUACAUUGCCACCACUGCCUAGCACUCCUUUGCCAAAAUUGCCGGCUCAACCAACUCUGCCAAAGCCCACAUUGCCACCACUUCCAAGCGCCCAAGUCCCACCUCAGCCAACAUUACCAACCACCACAUUGCCACCAUUGCCUACCAACCCAUUGCCAACACUGCCAAAUCAACCAACUCUUCCAAAGUCCACACUGCCACCAUUGCCAAGCACCCAGGUCCCAACAUUGCCAACCAUGCCCACAGUUCCCAAGGUGACACUACCUCCUCUCCCAGCCAAUCCACUGCCCACCAUCCCAACCACAAUUCCUUCCAUCCCGACCAUUCCGACCACAAUCCCAACAAUUCCUUUCCUCUCCCCACCUCCAUCAAAGUGAAGCACUAUUACGCUAGUCCUUGAGAGUUGAGAUGCCACAUUUCCAUCCUUCUUUCUUCUAGCUUUGCUUGGAUGAUUCUUUGCACCAGUACUGUUUUACUUUUUGUAUACGUUAGAAUGUAUCUGGGUUCUCUUUCUUAGUCUUUUUUACAGGCUUGUUAGUCUAUGAGAUUCAGAUGAAGUUUUAUUUGUGUCAUUUUAGGGGUCGUGGAUAUGUGAGUUUUAGUAUUCUCGUAAUGGUUCUUGUGGUUAUGAAUAUGAUUUCUUAUCAUUUAUGUUAGUAAGGAGCUUUUCUUCGAAA